UUGCUGACACAUUAAUUAAAUAGGUGUCAGAUAUAUUGAAUGAAAAAUAAUGGAUGACUUAUCGUGUAAAUAAUACCCGACAAUCGAGAAUAUCUCAUAAAUUAAUACGAAACUAUAUAACAGAAGAUGGUUGUACGUCAUCACGUUCAAGGAUAUGAGAAUUUUUUUAAAUUCAUUAAGAAUUUAAAAACUAAUGACCCGAUUUAUGUGCUAUACGGUGGUACAAAACUUGCUAAUGGCAAUAGUUGGUGUCCUGAUUGUGUCCAAGCGGAACCUUUUAUAGAGCAAGGAUUUAAAGAUGCACCUGAAAAUGUAAAUUUAGUUGAAGUUGAAGUUGGAGAUCGUCCCUAUUGGAAGGACUUGAAAUGUCCAUUUCGAACAGAUUCCACUACAAAGUUAAGAGUUUUGCCAACUUUAGCAAAGUGGGGUACACAAAAACGCUUAGAAGGUGAUCAGUGCCAGCAAGUUGAUCUUAUUGAAAUGUUAUUAAACGAUGAAGAUGAUUAGAUACUUUACAUUUACAUAAUUCAGUAUUGAUGAUCAACAUGAAUAAUUCUUUAAGUUUUCUGUGAUAAAUAUUAUAUCAAAAUAGUUUUA